AUGCAGUCGCUCCAAGACCGAGCGUCGGCGUUGAAUGGAGUGAGUCAAGACGAUGAUGCAUUCGAGAUUGAUGAGAUCAAUCUCGACAAGAAGCUGGGACACGAGACCUUUGUCAAGCUCUCCACGAAUUUUUACAGCAGGGUCUAUGCCCAUGAUAUCCAGAGAAUGGGAGGCCCUCCAUUAUAUUCUCGCCGCAAAGGACAUCCUGCUUUGAUCGGCCGCCAUGGACUGUAUCCAGUGACCGAGCGAGAGCGGAAAGAUGGAUCAAGCAUAUGA